AUGGCGGGCUCUAUGGCAGGUUGUAUGGCUGUAUGGGGUAAAGCCGAGCAUCGGAGACUGGGGACCGAGCUGCAGAUCUGGGACACAGCUGGCCAGGAACGAUUCCGAACCAUCACCCAGAGCUACUACCGAAGUGCCAACGGGGCCAUCCUUGCCUAUGACAUCACCAAGAGGAGUUCCUUUCUGUCUGUGCCUCACUGGAUUGAGGAUGUGAGGAAGUACGCAGGCUCUAACAUCGUGCAGCUGCUGAUUGGAAACAAGUUGGACCUCGCUGAGCUCCGGGAAGUCCCGCUGGCUGAGGCUCAGAGCCUAGCAGAACACUACGACAUUUUGUGUGCCAUUGAGACCUCUGCCAAGGACUCCAGCAACGUGGACGAGGCCUUCACGAGGGUGGCCACCGAGCUCAUCAUGAGGCACGGGGGCCCCAUGUUCAGUGAGAAGAGUACCGACCACAUCCAGCUGGACAGCAAGGACAUCGGGGAAAGCUGGGGCUGUGGGUGCUGACCAGGGCACAGGGCCAGCAGGCCAGGGGCUGAGCCACCUUUCUCUCUGGCCUGUGGAGUCUGCUCUUGUAGGGCCCCAGCCAUUCAACUGCUGCUGUGUCAGCCCUGGCGUUCUGCACCCUGGUGUGAAUAUGUGGUGGGAAGGGGCCACAGGGCCCCCCUUGCAGGGGCCUGUUGGCAGAGGGGAGCGGUGACCCAUCCUGCAAGCCAGCUUGGGGCCUCUCAUGUUCACAUUCCAGGACUGUUGUUAGCCCUUUAAUGGGACCUCGGGGGCAGGAGACCUGGCCUCCAUCCUUCACUUGCUGGUUUUGACCAUUGCAACCUUGGCUGCUGCGGCUACUCUCCAGGGAUGUAGCCAGUCCUCAGUUCCUACAGACCCUCCACCUGGAGCACCAGGAGCG